ACGACGGUAUUGAGAGAAAUAAAUUAGUGUCGGUGCGCAGUGAACGAGUCAAUACUAUAAAUAUUGUAUAGUCUGCCCGCUGUGGGCUACUUGCGAGAGUAAUGCCUGACAGAUGAGUCAGUUUAAAUCCGGUUGUCAAGCUAAAAAGGGUGAUAUUCCUAACAGAUGUAGUACUUCUCUGUAAGGCGUCGUGAUAAAAUCACGCUAAAUGGUGACUCCAACGUGACUACGUGUAGUGUAUGCACAAGCAAAUUGGACGUGACAACAACAUAGAAACGCUAGGUGUUUUUUAGAUAAGAUGCGUCAGAAGAUCUGCAAGGCAUAAUGACUUUAAAAGGCGUAGAGGUUCAGUUUCGUGCUUAUGAAGUUGUGGAUAAUGAAAAACAUCGACGGGCGAACAGAGUUGCCGCAAAUCAAGAUGGUAUUUUUCAUCAAGUGGAUAAGAUUAACACACCUCUAACAGAAAAAUGGCGGCUCGCAGCGAUGGGCCUCUCAAUCGCUUCGAUAAUUAUCAACCUGGCUCUUGGAGUGGCAUAUUUUUUCCUGUCUGAAGUUACAUGGAGCUCGGCAGCUUUUGGGUUCGCGUUUCAAGUCUUGCUGGACUGUCUCUCCUCUAUUGUUGUCCUGUGGAGGUUUUAUGGGAUUGAAGGGCGCAAAUACUCCUACCAAAGAGAAAGAAGGGCAUGUUUAGGGAUCGGCAUUUCCUUCGUCGUGUCGUCCAUAGUCAUAUCAGCUAAGGCGAUUCACACGCUGGUCAUCAACGAAGAACCCAAACGAAGCAUGAACCUCCUUUUUGUAUCUGGGACCAGCGUGUUUCUGCUGUUCUCCAUGGCAUACAUCAAGUACUUAGUAGCAUACAAGACAGACAGUAGAGCUCUCAGGAUCGAUGCGUUCAACACUUCUGCUGGCGGUGUGAUGGCAUUUGCGGUGACCCUUACCUCUAUCCUCUACGAGCACUCCAACAAAAUCUGGUUCCUGGAUGCCACAGUGGCUCUUGGUAUUUCCCUAGUCUUCUUCCUCUACGGAGUCAGAACAAUCAUCGAGCUACACUCAGACAAAGGCACUCCAGUCCCGUCAAAAUAGCUUUAAAUCCAGUUCGUAGAUAGAGUUGAGUGUAAAAGCGACCUAGGGUCUGACGAUGUAUAUAAAAGGUCCAAUCCGGAUAGAAAACCUCGCCCCGGAGUAUUGGGUAACUGAAAAUGUCGCAGUUGUAUUUUCAAACCUUGUAUAUAGCAGUAUAGCGGUAUUGCUAGAAGAAGGGGGAUAAAAAAAAAAUUGGAAUUCUAGCUUUGAAACGAGAAAACAGUUAUGGUUAUACAAAUAAAGCUUUGGAAGGUGUA